CCCUCUCGUUUUCGUUGGAGCCGCCGCCUCCGCUGCUGCCCGCUCUCCGGCGAGCCGGAGUCUCCGUGCCGUACCCUCGGUCCCCGGCCGCGCGGAGCCGGGAUGCACUGCUCCUGCUGUGGGUCCUCAUCAUGGAGACCAAACGGGUGGAGAUUCCCGGCAGCGUCCUGGACGAUCUCUGCAGCCGAUUUAUUUUGCAUAUUCCCAGCGAGGAAAGAGACAAUGCUAUCCGAGUGUGUUUUCAGAUUGAACUUGCCCAUUGGUUUUACUUGGAUUUCUACAUGCAGAACACACCAGGAUUACCUCAGUGUGGGAUAAGAGACUUUGCUAAAGCUGUCUUCAGUCAUUGUCCGUUUUUGCUGCCUCAAGGUGAAGAUGUGGAAAAAAUUUUGGAUGAAUGGAAGGAAUACAAAAUGGGAGUGCCAACAUAUGGUGCAAUUAUUCUUGAUGAGACACUUGAAAAUGUACUACUUGUUCAGGGGUAUCUAGCAAAAUCAGGCUGGGGAUUUCCAAAAGGAAAAGUAAAUAAAGAAGAAGCUCCUCAUGAUUGUGCUGCUAGAGAGGUCUUUGAAGAAACUGGUUUUGAUAUUAAAGAUUAUAUUUGUAAGGAUGACUACAUUGAACUUCGAAUCAAUGACCAGCUUGCUCGUUUGUACAUUAUUCCAGGAAUUCCAAAAGAUACAAAAUUUAACCCAAAAACCAGAAGAGAAAUUCGGAACAUUGAGUGGUUCUCCAUUGAGAAAUUGCCCUGUCACAGAAAUGAUAUGACCCCCAAAUCCAAACUUGGUUUGGCACCUAACAAAUUUUUUAUGGCCAUUCCUUUUAUCAGGCCGUUAAGGGACUGGCUUUCUAGAAGAUUUGGAGAUUCCUCCGAUAGUGACAAUGGAUUUUCCUCAGCUGGUAGCACACCAGCUAAACCCACUGUGGAAAAAUUGAGUCGAACCAAAUUCCGCCACAGUCAGCAGUUAUUUCCUGAAGGUUCUCCUGGUGACCAGUGGGUAAAGCACAGGCAACCACUGCAGCAAAAACCGUAUAAUAAUCAUUCUGAAAUGUCUGACCUUUUAAAAGCAAAGAAUCAAAGUAUGAGAGGAAAUGGCAGAAAACAGUAUCAAGACUCACCUAAUCAAAAGAAAAGAACAAAUGGGGUCCACAGCCAACCGGCCAAGCAGCAGAAUCCCCUGAUGAAAUGUGAAAAAAAACUUCAUCCACGAAAACUUCAGGAUACUUUUGAAACAGAUGCCGUAUGUGACUUACCGUGCUCCGGUGAAGACCAGUUGCUAGAACAUGCCGAGGGCCAGGCUGUGGCGUGUAAUGGACAUUGCAAGUUCCCCUUUUCAUCCAGAGCCUUUUUGAGUUUCAAGUUUGACCAUAAUGCUAUAAUGAAAAUCUUGGACCUCUGAUAGCAGCACAUGUUGUGGAAGUCCCAAGAUAAGAGACCUGUUGCAUUUGAAAAGCCUUACUGGCUCUAGUUGGGACUGCCUCCCUGGAGUAGGAGCACGUCCGGUUGUCUAAGGUCCCUGUGAAGUAUCGCUGUAGGCGCAGAGGAAGACUUGGUAAGAAGUCUAUGCAUCAUCUCAAAGGAGAAUUAAGCAAUUAUGUUUAACUGGCACUUACUUUUUUAUUAUCCUAACAUUCCAGUUUCAGGCAACGUGGAUAUUAACUUCAGGAUCCCGAAGUGCCAACGUGAACAUGAAACAGGUGAGUACCUGCAUUGGCAACCAGGAUACAUCUAGCGCACGCGUGAGGUCGGGAGGGCACGAUAAAUCCUCGCUGUCUGAUCACAUAAGAUACUUCUUCAUAAAUAACUUCCAGUGUUACUUUCAAGGGGGAAUCUUACUGGGAAUCUUACCGCCUACACGUCCGUGGCAGUUUGGUAGCUGGUGCUCUGCUCAUGAGAUUGGGCAGAACAUCACAUCCAGUUGGUGGGCCCACGUGUUGAUGGCACUCCAGCUACAGACAGAAGUCUCUCUUAUGUUGAGAUUUUUGCCUCAGUUCCAUAGUGGGAGAUUAUACUCCAAGGGAACUGUGAAAUGGGUUCUCAUGCUCAUUUCUCUAGAAGCCAAAGAUUGAACUCUGAACGGUGAAGGUAACUGCCUAAAAGGGGUAGCCACCUGGGGGAACGAUUGAAACAGUUAACCUUGUACGAGUUAUAAUCAGGAUCACUGUUUACCUCUGAUGCAAGAUGUUAAUAUAACCAGCUCCUAUUUAGAAAGAACAUUCAGGUUAGGAAAAAGGAAAAUGAUCCAGGCACCUGCAAUCAUUUAUUUAACCGACGUGGUUUUAGUAAGCCCCGCGGUUAGCAUAAUAACCAAGUGCCUGUUGGUUCCCCUUCAGCAAGGACAGUUAGGGAAUAUGUGAAAAAUACAAUGAAAGGAAAUGAACUGUAUUGAAUAGCUUUUAUUCUACACAUUUAUGAAAGUAACAGUUUUGCCUGGGAAAUAGUUUUCACCCAACCACCACCUAUCUGAAAAAGUAUUAUGUUGAAGUAUAAACUCAAAAUGAGGCCAAGCAGGAUCAGUAAUACUAGGGUCCUAAUGGAGGAGCCGAGCCCUCCCAGGUCUGGAGAAGUUCCAUGACGCUAGGAGAGCGGCUUGUUUUCACUUGCAGCAAGAGGAAGAGGAGUAGACAGAGGUCAGCAGACAAGAUUUUACUCCUGCGCCAGCUAUGCUUUUCAGUGGGGGUGAAAAUGAAAACUGUCCGAUUGUUUUGAUGCCUGUUCAGCCACACAAGAGAAGGCCAUGAACGGAUCCCUACUCUGCACAGCCUGGUUUGCUCGGGGAGGACGUUUUCCCUGGGAAAACUGAUCUCAUCUGUUAAACCUUUUUUUUUGCACACACUUUUCAGCCAAAAUAUUAAGUCUAUUUUUACUCUUGGGAUAAAGUCCAGUAGAUUUAUAACAGACAAGCCAGUGGGUACUUUGACAGUGAUCAAAGCACGCGAAAGCCGGCCCUUUCACACUGAUACCAGUUGAGUUUUGGGGGAGGGGGAGAAGAUGGGGGCAGCCUCCCUGCUGGCCGGAG